AUGCAAUGGCUCAACACUGGAAGCUCUGUGAAGUCGGAAGGGGAAGCUACUCGGCUUGUUGAGGAAGUUCUCAACGCACCCGAUUUUGAUAUCAAGGAUCUCAGUCAUUUUAGUGCUCAUCGAGAGAAUUCGCGAGCUGAUAAAGCGAAGAUACCGGAACCGGCAUCCAACUAUCUCAGUGGUUUCAAGACCACCAGUGUGGAUAUACGUGUACCGUCUGGUCAGAGAAAUGUUCCCUUGGAAAUAUUCUCUGUUCCAGGCCUUCACUACCGACCACUCCUUUCAGUGAUUAGGGAGGCAUUCUCGGGUCCUUUAUCCGACAAAAUACACUUUUCGCCUUUCAAACUAUUCCACCAGCUGCCAUUUUCAACUGAGGAAAUCCGUGUACAUGGCGAGUUGUACACAUCCGACUCCUUUAUACAAGCUCAUGAUCAAAUCCAACGUGUCCCUCUCCCCUCUGAAGAAUCUGAUUGCAAGCUCGAGCGAGUCGUUGCUGCAGUGAUGCUGUGGUCAGAUGCAACUCAUGUGGCCAAUUUCGGGACAGCAAAGAUGUGGCCUAUCUACAUGAUGCUUGGAAACAUCUCGAAAUAUAUUCAAGCAUUGCCAGAUUCAGGAGCAUGUCACCACUUAGCCUAUAUUCCUUCAUUACCAGACUCUUUUCACGAUUUUGCGAUGAACUUCCAUGUGAAAUGGAAAACACAGAAGGCAUCUAUUCUGACACACUGUCGACGAGAGCUUAUGCAUUCAGUUUGGAAGUUUCUCCUCACUGAUGAUUUUAUUCAUGCCUACAGAUACGGCAUUGUCAUAGAGUGUGGAGAUGGUGUCAAGCGGAGAAUAUAUCCACGUUUUUUUACAUACUCUGCGGACUAUCCUGAGAAGGUUUUGCUGGCCACCAUCAGGGAUAAAGGUCUUUGUCCCUGCCCUCAAUGUUUGGUACAGAAGGAUGCAUUGGACCGAAUGGGUUUGGUCCGGGAUAUACAAAUACGCACCCGAAAUAUCCGAACCUACUUUGUGAAUAAAGUCAAUCGAGCUCGACACUUCAUCUAUAGCAUGGGACAUCCAAUCAACGGCGUCCAUGUUGAGAACUUGUUGAAGGAGUCCUCGUCAGUGCCAACAGAGAACACUUUUAUGGAACGCCUUGGAAUUGCAAACUUUGAGCUUUCGAAAUUGCUAGUUGUUGAUUUCCUCCAUGAGUUUGAGCUUGGGGUUUGGAAAACACUAUUCAAGCACCUCAUUCGACUUCUGUAUUCAUUAUCAAAUGGCACUGAGAAGGUUACCGAGCUAGACUCAAGGUAA